AUGAAUUUCGAUGUUGGAGGUCCAUCAUACUUAUCAUCAUCUUCAUCUUCGGAUGAUGAUAAUUUUUUGUCCAAUAUCAUUACAGAGAUUGAUGAAACCGAAGAAGUAAUUUGUGAGUACAUCAACAACAACAUGAUCAUCGUUAACAAUUUACGUCAACAAAACUACCAACCGAUCCAUGGUGGCUCGAUUCCCGGUCAUGCAGUGAUCAACCGCGAUCGAGAAAAUGCGCAUCAGAAUUUGGUCAUAGAUUACUUUGCCGAUAAUCCACAUUUUGGAGAAGAUAUGUUUCGUCGUCGAUAUCGGAUGUCAAGAAGUUUGUUCCUUCGUAUUGUUGAUGCAGUGAAAGAUCAUGACUAUUACUUCCAACAACGAAGUGAUGGACUUGGUAGAAUGGGAUUAUCACCGUUACAGAAAGUAACAGCUGUUUUUCGCAUGUUGGCAUACGGUCUACCAGCUGAUGCUACGGACGAAUACGUUAAAAUAGGUGAGUCAACAGCAAUUGAAAGUAUGACAAAAUUUUGUCGUGCUAUGGUGGAAAUAUUCGCAGAGCGGUAUCUACGAACACCUAACGCUAACGAUAUUGCUAGGCUACUCUAUAUUAGUAAAAAACAUGGUUUUCCAGGAAUGUUAGGAAGUCUUGAUUGUAUGCAUUGGAAAUGGAAAAAUUGUCCAACAGCAUGGUCUGGGCAAUACACAGGACGUAGUGGGUCACCAACUAUUAUCCUCGAAGCUGUGGCAGAUUAUGAUCUUUGGAUAUGGCACGCAUAUUUUGGUAUGCCAGGCACCAAUAAUGAUAUCAAUGUGCUGGAGUCAUCUAAUCUUUUCUCUAACCUAGCUCAAGGUAUUGCUCCUCCCGCUCACUAUGUUAUUCAAGGAAAAGAGUAUAAUAUGGGUUAUUAUUUAGCUGAUGGUAUAUAUCCGAAAUGGGCUACUAUUGUACAAACAAUCCAACAGCCACAAGGUAGGAAGAAAAAAUAUUUUGCCAUGAAACAGGAAGCAUGUAGAAAAGAUGUAGAACGUGCGUUCGGAGUUCUCCAAUCACGAUUUGCAAUCGUGGCAGGAUCAGCACGUUUUUGGAAAAAACAUGUAUUACAUGACAUAAUGACUGCAUGCAUUAUUAUGCACAAUAUGAUAAUCGAGGAUGAACGUGAUCUUUAUGCACCAAUUCAAGAAGUGAGGGAAGCACCAACACCAGAAGUUGAUAUGGUAGCAGAUGAAACUACAAGAUUUACUCAAUUUAUUACACGUUACGGAAAAAUCAAGGAUAAAGAUGCCCAUAUUGCGCUUCGUAAUGCAUUGAUAGAUCAUCUAUGGGAGGAAUACACUAAUUCAGAUAGUUAA